AUGGCGAGCUUGCAAGCGGAGAGUAUUGCAAACUCAUUGGCCUUCCCAAUGGUUCUCAAAGCUGCCUUGGAGCUUGGUGUCAUCGACACUAUUUCUGCUGCAGGGAAGGACACGUGGCUCUCACCGUCUGAGAUAGCGGUUCGUCUUCCAAGCAAACCGUCUAACCCGGAGGCUCCAAUGUUGUUAGACCGGAUGAUGCGCCAACUCGCGAGCCACUCGAUUCUGAAGUGUCGUGUAGUUGAAACUGGAGAAAACAAUCGAACCGGAAAGAUUGAGAGGGUAUAUGCAGCUGAACCAGUUUGCAAGUUUUUCUUGAAAAAUAGUGACGAAACCGGUUCUUUCUUUUCUCUCUUCAUGUUGGUACAAGGCGACAUCGUUUUCAAAGCGUGGACACAUCUUAAGAAUGUGAUACUUGAAGGGAGAGAUGGAUUCAGUUCUGCCCAUGGAAUGAGACUCUUUGAAUACAUUGGUUUGGAUGAACCGUACGGUGAUCUGUUUAACCGGGCGAUGUCGGAAUCUUCGAUCAUAAUCAUGAACAAAGUUCUAGAAGUUUACAAAGGAUUUGAAGAUGUUAACAUUUUGGUGGAUGUGGGAGGAGGACUUGGCACGGUACUAGGUCUAAUCACUUCCAAAUAUCCUCAUAUUGAAGGCAUCAAUUUCGAUUUACCCCACGUUUUAGCUCAUGCUCAUCCUUAUUCAGGAAUUAAGCAUGUGGCCGGAGAUAUGUUUACAGAAGUUCCUAAAGGAGAUGUCAUCCUCAUGAAAGUGAGUUAUGUUUACUUCAUUUGA